CCCUCUCCUCUCGCUGGGUGCUCCACUGUGAGGAGCUCCAGUUCAUGCUGGCCUCCCCACUGCACUGCUCGUAUGGCGGACUCUCCUCUCAACCACUCCUGGCCCUCCUUCUCCAAACUCUGGAUGAAGAGAUGGUCCUUCAAGAGAGCGUCAGAGUGUAAACCAUGCAGUGCACCCUGUGGGUCUCCCAGUGCCUCUCUCAGUGUCCGGCCUCAAACUCCGGACGGCACGGGCUCCUCCAACUCACUGUGCCCCCCCUCCAUCGCUGAGGAUGCCUUCUUUGGGAGCUCCAACAAAGACCAGGACGCGUGUUCAGUAGUGAGCGAUUACGACUGUCCCUUUGUGGAGGUGAGCAGCAGUGUGGAGGACCUGCUGGCCCUAAGCUCUUCUUUCAAAGACUCGGAGUACUUUAAAGACCUGACGGGAGGCAUACCGGCUUCUUCUACUGCAUCCACAGAGAGAAACCCCCUAACUGUCGGCUUCCAGGUUUUCUCAAACACAGACACCAAACCGCCGACACACACUUCUCUGAGCACACUCUCCCCUCGAGUCAAUACACCAACUUCCCCCUUCUACAUCCACCCUGCAGAGGAACUCCAUCAGAACUUUGUGGUCACUCAGCUGAGGCCGAAGUUACUCCCAGGUUGCAUCAUCGACAGCGAUGAGUCCUCGGGUCCUGCAGUAGGACUCAGCCUGACCAUUAAUCUGAACGGACUGCUGGGGUCAAUGGAGACGGCUAAAGGACUAACAGGAUCACAGGAAGUGAAGGAGAAGGACGAUGUGGAUUUAGACGGAGAGUUGGACGAGGACAGCUUCCCUAUCCUGGUCCGGUCAAUGUCUACGUCUCGGAGGCACAGCUUGGGGGUCCCCAUGUCCCCCAUUACCCUGGGGAGGAGGCUGAGUCUGGACACCAUGGCCACGGACAGCGAUGGAGAUAGAGAGGACGAUGACGAGGAAGAGGGACAGAAAGGUUUCUUCCCGUCCUCCGAGCAGCAAACCUACGGCUCGAGUCCCGGAGAGGAGACAGAAGUCUGCAGGACGACGGCCCCCUGUCCCAGAGCCAGGCUCACCAGCAUGGCCGGCGGAGUUCCCGGCAGACAUCUGUACUCCCGCUCGGAGAUCCUGGCCACGGACGAGUGUUCCCGAGCCGCUCACAUCUCCCGUGUUGUGCAUACGUCCAAACAGGCAGCCAGGGCGGCAGGAGCAGAGGAGUUCGACCCUGAAGAAAACCUCCACUCCACUGAAGACCAGAGCCACAUAGCGAAGCAGAGGAACAGCAGGUCGGAUUCCAAAGUUACAGGAAGUGUAACCUGGUACGAGUUCCUCUCCAAUGAGAAUGUUCCAGAAGAGGAGGAUCGAACAGAGAAGGUGGAGAAAGGCACCAAGGUGAAGAGGACGCUCAGCUCCCUGAGGAACAGAGUGACUGGCUCCUUCAACAAAGAUAAGGGUAAGAACCGAGAGAAAGAGCAUCAAAAGGAGAAGGAGAAGGGGAAGGAGAGAGAGUGUGGCAGCAGGAGGAGGAGUAACAGCCAUGAUCUGGUGCCGGGUUCUUUCUCCAGCUGUGCCACCUGCUCUCUGUGCAGCAAGAGUCUGCAGAGGAAGCAUGGCCUGCAGUGCAUGAAUUGUGCUGUGAACGUUCACAAGAGCUGCAAGUCUCUGCUGGGUGAGUGCACCAGCAGCAGGAACAAGAGAGAUUCUCAUCCGAGAAUUGGCUUGUCUGGAUCUCCUAAUCUUGCGCUGAAGGACCGGGACAGAGAGCUAACGGGCCUGGAUGGCCACCCGGGUUCCCUCUGCACCCCAGGCAUGACCAUCAGUCCGUGGGGAAAUAGCACUCAGCCUUCUGCCGCCCACAGCAGCAGCUACACCUCAGCCAACGCUAGCCUCCUUCACAACAACAGCUCAGGAUCCCUCCCCGGGGAGAUGGAUGAGACCGAUGCUCUCCGCUCCAAACGCUGCAACGAAGACGCCAUUUCCCUCGCUCCCUCCACCACCGAGUCCAUCAUCGUCGAAGAUGCUCACUAUGCAUCGGUGCGGGCUGAUCUGGAGUCAGACGCUCAGGACCUGGAGGCAGAGUCGUGGAGUUUGGCAGUGGAUCAGCAGUUUGUGAAGAAGCAUACCAAGCAGAUGGUGAAGAGACAGGAUGUGAUAUACGAGCUGAUGCAGACGGAGAUGCACCACGUGCGGACGCUGAAGAUCAUGCUGCGUGUUUACGUCCGGGAGCUGAAGGAGAACCUGCAGAUGGACUCCGGGAAGCUUGACUGUCUGUUCCCACGCCUAGAACACCUCCUCGAGCUUCACACACACUUCCUGUCUCGCCUCAAAGAGCGGCGGAGAGAGAACCUCACUUCGCCCAACGAGAGGAACUACGCCAUCAACAGGGUGGCAGACGUUCUGAUCACACAGUUCUCAGGUGAGGUGGGGGGGAGGAUGAAGGAGAGCUAUGGAGAUUUCUGCAGUCACCACACGGAGGCUGUCAGCUACUACAAAGAACAGCUGCACAACAACAAAAAGUUCCAAAACAUCAUCCGGAAAAUCAACAACCUGUCCAUUGUGCGGCGGUUAGGAGUGACCGAGUGCAUCCUGUUGGUGACGCAGCGCAUCAUGAAGUACCCGGUCCUCGUGGAGCGCAUUAUCCUCAACACUGAAGCGGGUACAGAGGAGCACGAGGAGCUGACCCGGGCUCUGGGUCUGAUCAAAGACACCAUCGUGCAGGUGGACACGCUGGUUAAUCUCCACGAGAAGAACUCCCGACUGCAAGACAUCCACAACAAGAUGGAGCCGAAGGCGCUGGGGAAGAUCAAAGACGGCCGAGUGUUUCGCAGGGAGGACCUGGCGCAGGGCCGGAGGCGGCUGCUGCACGUGGGCACCGUCAACUGGAAGGCCGCCUCUGGACGCCUCAAAGAUAUUCUUGCAUUGCUGCUCUCAGAUGUGUUGCUCUUGCUACAAGAGAAGGAUCAGAGAUAUGUCUUUGCUACAGUGGAUAACAAGCCGUCAGUGAUCUCCCUUCAGAAGCUGAUCGUCCGGGAGGUGGCCCACGAGGAGAAAGCCAUGUUCCUGAUCUGCGCCUCCUCCAAUGAGCCCGAGAUGUACGAGAUCCACACCACCUCCAAGGAGGAGCGCAACACCUGGAUGGCACACAUCCGGCAAGCUGUGGAGAGUUGUCCUCACACAGAAGAGAGGCUGUUCAGCGAGGAGGAAGAAGCCCGAGCUUCCAGGUUCAAAGAGUUUCAAGAGCGUCUGAGCCAGAAGGACGCGGUGGUGGUGCAGGCUCUCACUGAGAAGCUGCAGCUGUUUGCAGACAUGGCCGAGACUGUGGCGGGUCUGGAGGACACGGCUUCCCGCUCCAGACUCCUGCUGAGAGGAGACGCCUCGGACCUCCAGCAGGGGGAGAACCUGCUCAAAGGAGCCAUCACCGAGGUGGAGAACCUCCAGAAUCUGCUGCAGUCCGGCGUGAGGGAGGAGUCUCCGGCCUCGCGGUUCGAGGAGGGGAGCGGCUCGGGGAUCCUGCCCCGGCGGGCGGACACCUUCGGGGGCUACGACAGCAGCCCCAGCAUCCUCAAUAAGAAUGGCAGCGUGAAGAAGAACUUUUCUGGCGAGAGCAGAAACAGAGACAGGAGAGCCAGCUCUGACCCUCAGCUCAAAGACCUCUGUGGCAGCCAAACCCUGGAGCAGACGGUUGAUGAGAGCUGCUGUUCUCCUGCCAGAUGGAACCGCAUCUGGUCCAACUCCUUCCCCGAGGCCGAGUUCUUUGACAAAGUGCUGAUGCUCUCUCAGAGGCUGUACAGUCUGCAGGCCAUCAUCGCGCAGCAGGACAGUCACAUGGAGCUGCAGCGGGCCUCUCUGACGGAGCGCGCCUCGCUGCCCGGGCGCCACCGGGGGAACGUACUGCUGGAGCAGGAGAAGCAGCGGACGCUCGCCCUGCAGAGGGAGGAGCUGGCCAGCUUCCACAAGCUGCAGUCUCAGCACCGGCAGGAGCAGCAGCGCUGGGAGAGGGAGCGCGAGAGACACCGGCAGCAGGUGGAGGGCACCGAGGCCCGGCUGCGACACAGGGAGGAGGAGUGCCGGCGGCUGGAGGAGCACCUGGCCGAGGAGAGGAGGGAGCUGGAGAGCCAGAGGGAGACGUACCAGCAGGACCUGGAGAGGCUCCGAGAGUCCACCAGAUCUGUGGAGAAGGAGAAGGAGCGCCUGGAGCACCAGAAGAAGAUCAAGAGGAAGACCAUCGAGGUGGCCCCUCUGUCCGGCAGUCUGAACGGGGACCUCCUCAUGUCCUCCGGCCUCACCUCCUCCAGCAGUGUCCUGGACAUGCCCACCCCCCAGAAGCCCUUGGUGCGGGCCAGCAUGUCCGUGGCCCCGGCCGACUACGCAGAGCGGCCCGAUGUGAUGCUGCGGCGGGAGGCGAGCGCGUCCACCCUGCCGCUGAAGACGGAGGUGCCGCUUCACCUGUUCAGCACCACCAACCAGCAGCACAAACUGCUGGGGGUGCAGCAGCAGAUCCCCACCAAGCUGGCCGCCUUUAGCAGCGGCAAGGGGAAGGGGGGGAAGAUCGGGAAAGCAUCGCAUCGCAGCGACAGCAGCGCCUCAGUGGAUAUGAAGCAGAUGCUGCCGCUGAAGCUGUCCGCCCGAGACGACAGCGCCCUGAAGGCCAAACGCUCCGUCAGCCCCAACCAGCAGCCGCUGCUGUCAGCCCCCCCGCUGCCUCCAACCCUGCAUCACCACUCAGAUCCUCUCAGUCCUCCAGACAGCGCUGGACCAGAGUCCUCCAUCAGCACCCCCCACCCUCCAAGUGUCCAGAAGCCCCCACUGCCUACUGCACAGCCCCACCCGCAGCCUCCCAGCAUGCCCCCCCACUCCCAGAGCACGGGCUCCCUCCAGCUGCAGCCGCCGGCCCUCGGCCCCAGCGCCCACGCCCACGUCCAGGUGAACGUUCCCGGGCUCAAAAACAGCCACAGCAUGCCCCCCCCGUACAAGAUGGCCCCCGAGGACCUCAACAAGGAGGACGUCAUCUUCUUCUAGACUCCACUCUGCUGGAGAACCACAGAACGCGUCCCGAGGAGCCAUAAUGUGAUGCUGACGGUACGAUAAGGACGGAGCGACGCAGACUUUUUAAUCGAGACUCUUUCAACACUGAUUUGUUUUUAAGACGCCUCUGCUCCUUUUAUUUAAUAUUUUUGGUUAAUUUCUUAACUGAACAGGAAGUAAACGGAGGGAAACAAAGACUUCUUGUGAGGAGGAAAGGUUGUAAUGAAGUUAAACAGAUCCAAAGACAUUAGCAGCAGGAGCUGGGGGGGGGGGGGUGGGGUUGGACUGAAUGGGACAAUGUGAAGGACGAACGCUCGGCUGGUUUUUAAGGAGACUCUGUCGAGCUUGGCGUGAAGAGGAGCCUCCGCUUCUCCUGGACCUCCAGGAAAUGCUCCAACAGGAGCUCUUCCUGCUCCAGGGUUGAUUUGCACUCUGUAAAUACUCCUCUCCAGACUCAUGAAUGCAAAGCAUGGAGUAAAUGUGAAAUGUUUGGGCGUCCAAAUUGUGAAGAUUCAGUUCAAUUCUUACUCAUGCUAAUAACAGGAGGCUGGUCCAGUGUGGCCAGGGGUUGAGAAACAGGCUGUUGUGUAAUAAUAAUCAUUUCAAAUUCAGUUUUUCAACGUGUGCAGACUGAGACCAACUCAGGGACGCCUUGAUUUUGUCGGUACACAUUAAUUAUCUGCAAGAAAAUGGAGAAUUUAAAGUAAAACGCAAAAAAAACCUCAAUUAUUUGGCCAUUUUUAGAAGAAGCUCAUCUUCAAACUAUAUUUUUAUAGUGCAUACACUAUGGCUUUGAGCAUGUGAGGUAACCAAUAGACACAGAGGAAAAGUCUUUAAUACAGAAAAUUAUGAAAUCAGUCUGUACAUUUGAGAAUGUGCUUUAGUUUGAAUACAUUUAAAGGUAUAUGUCCUUUAUUUUGAGGUGCAAUUAAAGCCACUGACAUCCAUGUAAUCAGCUGUACCCUGCGGACAUUAAAAAAGGCCUCACUGAGUUUGGUAUAUUUCACAUUAACAACUGUUUGCUGCACAAUCCAUGACAUUUCAUGUUGUUUUAAGGGUGAAAUCAACCGAAAAUCUGGUGCGACAGACAAAACAAAAGAGAAAUUCACUGUUAGUAUGAAGUAAAUACAUCAUAACGAACAUAUAAUUAUGAUUUUGCACUAUUCUUGGUUAUUCUUAAGACUGUACAGGUGGCUUCACUCAUAUUGUGCGUAAUGAUACGUUAAUGCACUAAUUCCUCCUUCACUAGGGUGCACAAACAAAGAAUUGAAGUUGAUCAAUCCUGUCCUAAUUUUCACCCAAAAGUUCACGUAAUGUUUCCGGAAGCUUCUCUCUGGACUCUUUGCUGCAUUUGUCAGGAUGAAAGCCGGUGUGUUUAAAGACGUCUGUUUAAAUUGAAACCCUGAGUCUUAUUGACGGUGUGUUUAAUUGAAUCCUGAUGACUAUAAUUAGCCGGGUUUUUAAAUCUCUGAGCCUGACAGAAAAGCCAAAACUGUGACCUGCUCUUUAUCUUUCUUCACACAAGAAAAUAUGGACCAUCCAAAUGUCUUUCUCUUCCACUGAAACAGAUUCAUGUGAGUCUCUGGGGGGGAAACGUCAGAGAAAGUCCCUGACGCUGUGAUCGCUCGCUGGAUUUUGUUCCGAGUGCUUCUGUAUAUUUUGUAUAUUGUUGUACAUACUGUGUGUGAAGUCCUCUGCCCUCUCACACACACUUUAUGUAUUAGGAACAUGCAUUAAGAUGUCAGCCAAAAGUCUCUCUGUGCACACGUGUGAACACACUUGGUUGUGUGUACAAUACGGUACCGUUUGUCCGGCUUGGUAACAAAAACCCAACCAGUGUCUGCUGUUUUUAAACGGGCUGAACAUGAAGGUAUUUAAUGUGUGUCGAUGUCGUAGCAUCGAGUCUCCUCUUCUAACAUAAUGUAGCAUCCUUAAAAACAAAACCCAUCCGCUCCUUUCAGCCGGUUAAACCAAAGACACACUCAGCUGUUUCCUGUCUGUGUCACACUGUGGUGUGUUAUUACUUAUAAAAAUAUCCUCCAGGGAGUGUCCCCAACAAGUGUGUUUACGGCGCAUUGUAGUCCAGCUCAUGUCCUGAUUUAGGUCUAAUUAUUGGGUUUACAGUUUUGUUUUUACAUCCUCUCGUACCGGAUCAAAAAUAUGUUUUCAUGCGUAAAAAAAUAACUCUUUUUCAUGCAUUUUUUGCCAAAGAAACUCUGGUAAACACAAGAUUUAAAGUGGUGCUUUUGCAUGAAUCUGAGUGUUUAAAAAGUCUCCCGAUUAAAUGACCAAGAAUUUAGUCAGUAGGGGACGGACCUAAAGCGUACACAAACAAACAAACUUAAAAGUGCUUUUUAAAGUAACAUCAGGACAUGAGCUUUUCUAAUACAGCUGUGGAAGAUAUUGCAUUUUAACCCCAUCUCUUAAACCCAACAAUGUCUUAUGGAUACGUUUGUGAACAUACUCGAUGGUGGAGCGAUGUAAUAACGUACAAACCUUCCAGACUUCGACAAAACAAUCCCAACUCAACUUUCUAGCUUUUUUCCCAGCAGCUUUCAACCAUAUCCACCUGUUCUCCACCAGCGUAGUGAAGCCAGUUAACUUAAAGGCUAACACGCACAGGAGGUCAGUUGUGAAUCCUUGCAGUUAGUGAUACGUUGCAAACUUUGGGAAAAGGCAUUUAGUGGUGCUUUGUUUGUGUUUAUCAAACUACCAUUUCCAAUGAUGAAAAUGACCUUUCAUGCUUGACUUUCCCAAGAUAUUCCAAUGUCGGUCCUUGUAUUUAAGGUGUGUUUAAUCCUGAGUGGAGGACGGUAGGCAGCAGGAUCAUUGGUGUAAGAGCCCUUUAGUUCUACCCCAGGUACGAGACGUGUAGUGAACCUCAGCAGGAGAAGUGGAGCUGCCUUUUUAAAAGCCGAUCAACUCAAGUCUUAAAUGUUCUUUUCAGAAACGCUGAACUCUGCUCUGUUUUAACCGUGUGUGUGUGUGUGUGUGUGUGUGUGUGUGUGUGUGUGUGUGUGUGUGUGUGUGUGUGUGUGUGUGUGUGUGUGUGUGUGUGUGUGUGUGUGUGUGUGUGUGUGUGUGUGUGUGUGUGUGUGUGUGUGUGUGUGUGUGUGUGUGUGUGUGUGUGUGUGUGUCCACCAAAACACAGUGGAUUCUACAUGGUUUCCAGUCGUAUUUUAACACACACUCGUGACGCGCGUCCUGGACCUGUAGCGUGUAAAUAAUCAUGAACAUAUUUUAUUUUUCCUCUGCCAAUUUUACACUAGUCACUUUGGAUAGUAGCAUACUUGAAGGGGGAAAAUGAAUGUUUAUAAUGCUUAUUGUUGUUCUUAUUAUUGUCUGUCAACUUUUUAUUUACCGAGAUUUGUCUAAUGACGUUUGGAGCACACAGCAAAACUGAUUUUUGUACCGUUUUAUUUUAUUCACUGUGAGACGUUAGAACGACCUGUGGACACAAACUGCUGCCUUAGAGAGAGUUUAGUAAUAAAAAAACAGUCUUGAAAUGA